GCAUGUAGUUUUUUCACAUCCAAGAUCGCUUUCUAAAAAAUCAAGGAAUAUGCAAGAGCUUCAAUCGCUAUUUUUUUUGUUUAAGUUUCUGUUAGAGGGAUGACAAAGUAAGGCAUCUGCAAAGAUCGUCCGUAGUUCGUUUUCUACCAGAGUCAUAUGAUAGGGCCUACGUUUCCUCCUUGGUCCAAUAGAACACCACUGUCAGGACAGUGCACAACUUGACAAAACUCGACAACCAACGCGCUGUGACGGCAGUGUGAACGUUCGUGGUGGAUAAGAUUAUACGAGCGCAUGAGUCAAUGCGGACUGAGCUUAAAAGAAGAAACAAUAAAACAAACAACAUAGGCUUUUAUUGAACAAAAUAGCAUGGUAUCCUAACCAUUACGGUCCACUAAAAAUGUAAGACGAUCAUUCGUGACGUCAUCCAAGGAGUCCUCGAUGCUCCGAUGACUCAUAGCCGAGAUUUGGGAAAUGGACAUUGGUCGGGUCUCGGAGUUCUCACGCCUCCAAGGUGUUCCAGAAACGAGCAUUUGGUUCUCAAAAAGUCUUUUGCUUGUCGUCAACCGUCAGGACCUAGGUGUUUGUGGUAGUUGUCACUGCGUCCAGCAUGUCAGAGUUUUAAUCAAACCCUAAACAGUGACAAUGAUGAUGAUGUGGUUAUUGACCGCUUGUUGGGGAUUGUACAAUGGUGGAUUGGCUCAAAUCAUAAUUUUCUAUCAUUCUAUAUAGGCCAUCGUCAUCGACUGUUGUGACUUCAUUUUCGUUCAACCUCCAACGUCUAAGGAAGCCCAGUAGAGGAAUCAGACGUUUCCCUUUAACCAGCUUAACUUCAAAUUACAGUGAUUCUAUCUGGUGAAAGUUUGCUUGGAAAUUAUGUUGGAGUUUCCUAGCCAAGGUGAAGUUCGGAACUCAGAAGACUGCAUUAUUAUCCGUGCGUUAAUAAGUUCUUGCUUUUAUCGCCGUUCAUAAGGAUUUUCUGGUUGCCCAGGACAGUAGUUUACACGAACUGAAGAGGACAGAACCAAUUUCGAUCUAUUUCACUCUGAUUCUCUGUUUUUCAUAAAACCAAUAUCUUCGUGCUUUCUUUGAUGAUCUCUAAAAGCUGGGAAACGCUCGGAAUUGAUUCCUCGUUGGAAGAUAAAUGAAAAUAUUUUAUCGGUAUUUGCAUUUUAAAAGUUGAACUGCAUCUUCUGUAACAAAGCCUUUAAGAUGUUCAGGCUUACUAGUUGUCUUAUUCAAGCAUGGUUGCUGAGCACAUUUGUAUGCAUGGCGACUGCCAAACGUGAUGAAAUCGAAUUACAUCCUGGACACCCAUACAAUCUGACAGUGACUAGCGGUUAUCCCGAGGUCAGCCGACCGCCGUCUACCUGGCUCGUUCGGGCACCCGAUGAUUGCCGAAUUCUAGUUCGCUUCGUGGAGUUUAUGCUGCAGAACAUCGACGAUACGCUGGUCGUCGGGACGGGUUCGAGUGUUCGGGAUACUUCGUCAAUCCUCGCGAGAUUCUCGGGGCUUUUCCCAAGCCAGAGCAUACUCGUCCCCUCCCAACGGGCUUGGUUGAAAUUGAAUUCAACUUCAGGGGGCGCCCUACCACACAGGCUUGAAAUAAUAUUAGAAGCUAUACAUCAUGAGAGAGAUGUUGCUCUUUCGGACAACCAAACUACCGAAAUUUCAUCGCCCGGAUAUCCUCACGACUAUCCGAAUUACGCUGAUAUCGUCUGGAGAAUUUCAGCGCCCACCCAGCAAUCGGUUACCUUCCGGUUCAAGGAUAUACAAAUUGAAAACCGAUACGAUAAGAUUACCAUUGGAGUAGGAUCGGAUUACAGUGACCGAAGAAACCAUUUGGCAUUUAUCACGAGUCAUUACAACAAAACCGAUUUGCCGACGGACCUAAUCGUACCCGGUUAUAACAAAAUUUGGUUGAGGUUUCAGACCGAUAAUUCAAAAGCAUUCCGCGGUUUUCUGAUCGAUAUAACUGCAGGACCAGAUCAAUUUGAAGAAUUUCAGGUAGAACUCGGAGAACAACAAAUCAAUAUCACCUCCCCAAUCAACAUCGCGUCAGAGAACUACCCCUCCCCUUAUCCAGAGCAUCAAAACAUCACGUGGUAUCUGAAUCCACCAAUCAACAAAUCGAUUCGCGUCGACGUCAUCUCCUCUCAUCUUGAAUCCAAGCACGACAUUGUUGAAAUCAGUACUACCUCAGCGAAAGACGAUGUCCUAGUUCUAACCGGGAGUUUGGCUCCGCGAGGGUUUUCUGUCGAAUAUCCGGCGAACGAAUCAGUUACGAUUCGGUUCGAAUCGGAUUACAGCGUGGAGUACCAAGGCUUUUGGUUUCGAGUUAGUGCCAUCGAAAGAGAGAAUAUAGUCACCCCUAUUCCGAAGUUAGAAUCUCCUGAGAAUUUUCCCGACACCGGCGGAUCAUCUACGGAUAACAAUGAUUCAAAUGGAUUUAUGAUCCCGAUGCUCUCUGGUAUUGGUGUCGCAGUCUUGCUUAUUCUGGUUUCAACACUGAUCAUUUCCUGCUACUGCGUUCGGAGACGCAGAACGAAACCUAUGGAGUCAGGGCGCGAAGUUCUUUCUCAUCUGUAUACCACACCAGACACAGGCGAUAUCCGUUCUCCUGCUCAUAUCCGUGGUCGAUUUCCCGACUCACCGUCACUCGGCAUCCCAAUGGUACAGGUCUCUAGCGGUAGUCGGGCCGAUGUUCCUAAUGGAUCGGAUUCUGGCUACCUCGAGCUCGACAACGGUGACGAAGAUGAUUACGACGCAGUCGGCCAAGCCACGCCGACGGGUAACCAACCAUCACCCAGCUUAUCUCAUCAUCACUACACCGUUGCCAGUGGGAACCCGACGCGUCACGACACCGCCGGGUACUGCCAGAUUGAACAUGACUACGCCACGUCGCUCAACGAAUCGGUGAAUGACUACGCCAACCUUGAGGAGGCUUCCGUAGCCGAGCCUGACGUCGGACCGAAUGUUUUGGCCAAUAAACCACUUUAUAUGACCAAAAUCGAAAAUAAUCGAAAGGCGAGGGACGCGAACACCUACCAUACAUACCUCCCGAUGAGCGCAAGCGCGACCAAAACCCCGAACGGGAACGAACCUCGAAUGCCGGCAGGCUCCGCAACGAAAGAUAUUGAUUUAGAUCUCAAGAAACACACGUAUGUAAAUCUUAUAAACAACCAUUCAUCAGACGAAACGACUGGUCGACAAGUCACAACGAAUGAAACCGUCUACGAGGUAAUGACCUCAGAAAGCAACAACGAUCGGGUGGACGAAACGGUGGAUGAACGCGUCAAUGAGGUUGGACGAGGUGCAGCUGAUACUUACGUCGUUGGUCACAGGAAAGAACAGCCAAAACACAAUGGAAUGAAGCCCAAAGUCGCUCCUAAAAGAAAGAAAAUUAAGGACUUUAAAAAGAAUUCGUACUCCAAUGCAAUGUAUGAUAAAUACGUAAUAUCAUGAACGUAAUCGGAGAAGUGGAAGACACCGGAUCCGAGAUCCAUACUAAUGUUAUAUAGACUGAACUGAUAUGCAUUAAUGUGAUUGGGGAAAAGUAAAAACAAGGUUGUCUGAAACAGAA